AUGCCUGAAAUGAUGGGAAACAAGUCUACUUUAAAGUUCUUUAUUCUUUCUGGGCUGCAGGACUCAGGAGUUUACAAGCAGCUGUACUUCUUUUUGGUGUUUGUCCUUUACAUCCUCAUUAUUAUUGCCAAUUUAACUUUGAUCUUUAUCGUGACAGCGGAUAAAACCCUCCAUGAACCCAUGUACAUUUUCAUCUGUAAUCUCUGUGCAAAUGGACUUUACGGGACUGUUGGUUUUUAUCCCAAAUUUUUGCUGGAUUUGCAAUCUGAUAUUCACAUGAUAAGCUACAGUUGGUGCUUGAUUCAAACAUUCGUGAUUUACAGCUCUGCACUGUGUGAAAUCACAGUUUUAACAGUGAUGUCUUAUGACCGGUUUGUGGCAAUUUGCAGACCACUGCAAUACCACAGCAUUUUGACUCCACAUGCUGUUUGUAUAUCAUCCAAGGAAGGUAAAACUAAAUUUACUAAAACAUGUGUGCCUCAUAUUUUGGUUUUAGCACUCUUUGCCAUUACAGCACUGUUUGAUGUGUUUUACAGCUGGGAUGGUUCUGAAAAUCUUCCUGUUGGCGUACGUAAUGCAUUGUCUUUGCAAUUUUUGAUUCUUCCUCCACUACUGAACCCAAUCAUUUAUGGCCUACAACUUCCACAGAUUCGAAAAGUACUAUACAAGUUCCAGAGGCGCGUGGAUGAAACCUAUGAAGGACUGGAAGGCGUGACGGUCAUAGUUGAUGACAUACUGGUCUUCAGCAGGACCAAAGACGAAUACGACCAACGCCUCAGAGCGAUGCUGGACCGCACAAGGGAGAGAGGGGUGAGGCUCAAUCCUGACAAGUGCCACAUAGGUGUGACCGAGCUUCUGAAACAAGACAGCGAGUUUGUGUGGGACGCAAACCACGACAAAGCAUUCCAAGACAUGAAGAAUCUCAUCACGCAGCACCCAGGCCCUGUCCUGUCGUACUUCGACCCACAGAAAGAGCUACGUCUCCAAGUCGAUGCAUCGAAAAGUGGUCUAGGUGCUGUCAUGCUUCAGGAAGAAAAGCCAAUCGCCUAUGCAUCUAAAUCAUUGAACAGUGAACUAUGCCCAGAUAGAGAAGGAGCUCUACGCUGUGGUCUUCGGAUGCAAGUGCUUCCAUGA